CCCCUCCUCCCCCAACCUUCCACACUUCCUCUUGGCCAAGGUACAAAAGGAGAAGCAGGCGGGCACAGGGACACACCAGGGUACCCCCAGCACCCAACAAGCACCUCGGGGCCCCCCGCAGCUCCCGGGCACAGACCCCCGGGGACAGCCAUGGCAGGGGAUGGAGAGCUCAACCGCAUCAUCAAGGACCUGCAAAGGACUGUGGCUGAGCUGAACCACUGCUACAGGGAGCGGAACCUGCCAGUGACAGAUGGGAGCCGGGAGCUGCACGGCCUCUGUGCCCAGCUGGAGUUCCUCCUCCAGUUUGACCUCAAGGAAAAGAAGAGCUUCUUUGGGCAGCGCAAGGACUAUUGGGACUUCUUGUGCCAGGGCCUGGCACAGCGCCGGCAGGAGCAUGAGGGCAUUCGCUUCGUCAGCUCCCUGGACAAGCUGAAGACCCCAGUGGGCAGGGGCCGAGCCUUCCUGCGGUACUGUCUGGUGCACCGGCAGCUGGCAGAGUCCCUGCAGCUCUGCCUUCUCGACCCAGAGAGCCUUCGUGAGUGGUACUACGCCCGCAGCCCCUUCCUGAGCCCCCAGCACCGGGCAGAGAUCCUGGGCAUCCUGUACGAGCUGGACUGUGUCACCUUCCACCUGGCCCUGUGCAGAGAUGACCUGGACACUGCCUGGCCCAUGUUCUCUGAGACACUGGUACGACCCAGCUUGGUGGCUGGGAGCAGCCUGGCAAAGACAGCCCCACAGGCAGAUGAUGCUGACACCAGGAUGCAUGGAUGGCCUGAUGGCAUCGCCCAUUUCACCACGGCACUCUGUAAGGUGCCGGUCUACCCGUGCUCACCCACCUUGGCUGCCCUGGAGGCAGGGGGUGUAGAGGUGGAGGAUGUGAAAGGGAAUGUGGAGGACAUGGAAGGGAGGAAGGAUGUGGAAGAGGAAGAUGAGGUGGAGAAGGAUGAAGAUGAGGAAGUGGAACGGGAUGUGGAUGUGAAGGUAGAGGAGGAUGUGGAAGAGGAGGAUGGAAAGGAAUUUGAGGAGGAUGAGAAGGAAAUGGAGGAUGAGGAAGAGGUGGAGGACAUGGAGGUAAAUGUGAAGAAGGAUAUGGAAGUAGAGGAGGAUGUGGAAGAAGAUGAUGAAGAGGAGUUGGGCAAGGAUGAAGAGGAGGUGGAGGAGGUGGAGGUAAAUGCGAAGAAGGACGUGGAAGUAGAGGAGGAUGUGGAAGAAGAUGGUGCAGAGGAGUUUGAGAAGGAUGAGGAGGAUCUGGAGGACGUGGAUGCAGAGGAGCAGGAGGACACACAGAGCGCUGGCAAAGCACCCCAGUGUGAUGGGGACAGGGAUUCUGGCGCAUCACCACCACCCAGCACAGGGUGCGUGCUGGGCUCCCUGCCACCAGAGCCCAGGCAGCUGGGUGGGACAGAGGAGUCCCUGUGGGCGCUUGUGUCCCAGCUGCGUGCUGAGCUGGAGCAGUGGAAGGCAUCAUCCCGGGCCCUGGCAGCGCGGCUGGCACGGGAGCAGCGGCGGCACAGGCGGCAGGAGGAGGGCAGCGCGCGGCAGGCCCAGCUGCUGGCACGGGAGGCCGAGGCGCUGCGGGACACCAACACCUUCCUGGGACAGGCACUGGCGGCGGUGGUGGGAGCGGGGGCACCGGGGGCGCUGGCCCAAGCCCAGGAGGAGGCACGGGUCUGGCGGGAGGUGGCAGAGGAGCAGGGUGCCCAGCUGGCUGCGGCACGGGCAGAGGUGGCAGCGGUGUCCUCGCACCUGCGGGAAUGCCAGGCGGCGCUGGCAGCUGCGGCACAAACGGACAUGCCAAAGGAUGCCAGUGCCUCGGAUGAGGUGGCUGCCGUGGAGGAGGUGCUGCAGUGGGCACUGGAGAUCGCCUGUGGUCCCCAGGAGUCCCUGCCAGAACAACAGGCAGAGGGGGAGUCCAGAACAGCCACCAGCAUGGCCAUGCGCUUGGCCACCCUGGCCACAGCAGUGCGGAAGGAGGCCUGGCAGAGCCAGCAGCAGCUCCAGGCCAAGAGGCAAGAGGUGGCACAGCUGCAGGAGCAGCUCAGCAGGGCCCGGCAGGAUGGCGAGCGCUGGGCAUCGGCUCUGCAGCGGGCGCAGCGAGAGGCUCUGGAGCGGGAGGCCACACGUGGUGCGGAGCAGGCACGGCAGCAGGAGCUCAUCCGGGACAUGAAGGGGCGGCUGCUGGAGCUGCUGCGGCAUGCUCCUGCCAGGGCUGACCUGUGCUCUCCCACAGGGAGAAGGAUGCCCUGUGGCAGAAGACAGAGGGCAUCACCACCGCGAUGCCCAGCCCAGCACCCCGCGAUGCAGGGCUGUGCGCCCACUGCCACAAGGAUUUCCGUCUCCUCUCCCGGCGGUACAACUGCAGGUUAUGCCAGGGUAAGGUAUGCCACGCGUGCUCUGUGGACGUGGGCAAGCAGGGGCGCUGCUGCCUGCUUUGCUACCAGCAAAGGCACCCACAGGGUGUAUGAGUCAGGACUGCAACCCUCACACUGGGCCUGGAAUUACCCCUGCCCUGACUGCCUCCUCUCAGACUUGCUGGGGACCAGAGUGCUCAGGGCCUGCAGGCUGGUCCUGCUGCCUGGCUUUACAGGCUGAGAUGUGUCUUUCUUGUGGCUGGUCCACAGAGAAGAAAACAACACACUCCUGCUA